AUGGGAAUUGGGGUGGCUGGUUUGUGGGGGUGGGUUGGGGAUGCUGGUGAGUGGGGGGCGAGGGCGGGUGGGGGAUGUGGGGUCGUGGGUGGUAGGGGGGACGGGAGGUGUGGAGGUGGGGGGGGGGGGGGGGGGGGGGGGGGGGGGGGGGGGGGGGGGGGGGGGGGGGGGGGGGGGGGGGGGGGGGGGGGGGGGGGGGGGGGGGGGGGGGGGGGGGGGGGGGGGGGGGGGGGGGGGGGGGGGGGGGGGGGGGGGGGGGGGGGGGGGGGGGGGGGGGGUGAGGGGGGGGGUGGGGGGGGGGGGGGGGGUGUGGGGGGGGGGGGGGGGGGGGUGGGGGGGGGGGGGGGGGGGGGGGGGGGGGGGGGGGGGGGGGGGGGGGGGGGGGGGGGGGGGGGGGGGGGGGGGGGGGGGGGGGGGGGGGGGGUGGGGGGGGGGGGGGGGGGGGGGGGGGGGGUGGGGGGGGGGGGGGGGGGGGGGGGGGGGGGGGGGGGGGGGGGGGGGGGGGGGGGGGGGGGGGGGGGGGGGGGGGGGGGGGGGGGGGGGGGGGGGGGGGGGGGGGGGGGGGGGGGGGGGGGGGGGGGGGGGGGGGGGUGGGGGGGGGGGGGGGGGGGGGGGGGGGGGGGGGGGGGGGGGGGGGUGGGGGGGGGGGGGGGUGUGUAG